ACGAGUGCAGUCAUGAACCCAAACGCAAGAUCUUUCAAUUUUAAUCCAUCAGCAUCUGGCUUCGUCCCAUCCUGGGCUACACCACCUCAAGCUCAACAACAACAACAACAGGAGCAACAAUACACUCAAGGAUAUCCAUAUGCUCAACAGGGUGGCUAUGGUGGAUACCCAUACGAUCAACCAUACAAUCCUCAGCAAGGAUAUGCAGGAUAUGCACCACCAGCUAUGCAGCCACAAAUGCCAGAGCAACCACAGCAACCACAGAGGCUCUCAGCUAAAGAGCAAAUGGAAAUGAUGUCUGGCAGCGGCGGUGGCGGUGCUAGCCAGCCAGUUUCGCUUUCACUCGGAGGUGCACCAGCCAAACCAUCAGCGAAGGAAUUAUUAGAGCGUAAAUCAGACACACCUGCAAAGUCUAUGUCUAUCAGUUUAGGUGGUGCUAAACCAAAACCAGCUGAAAAACCAGCAGCAGCAACCAAGGAAGCACCAAAAGAAGCACCAAAGGCCGCACCAGCACCAAAAGCUGCACCUGCGUCAGCUGCUGCGCCCCCAAAGGCUGCCACUCCACAACCAAAAUCAGCUUCACCUGCACCAUCAAAAUCAAACGACACUUCAGGCACUAGCACUCCUGUCUCAAAAUCCGCUAUAUUAGCAGCUCAAGGAAAGACAGACACAAUCAUCAAAGAAUCAAGAGCUGCUGCAGAUGCUGAAACUCUUAAGGAUCUUUUCGGUGCAGACGGUGUUCAACCAAAACAGCAUCUUAACGUUGUCUUCUGUGGUCACGUUGACGCUGGUAAAUCAACAAUGGGUGGUCAGCUUUUACAUUUAACUGGUAUGGUUGACAAACGUACUCUCGAAAAGUACGAGAAGGACGCUAAAGAAGCAGGUAGAGAAUCUUGGUAUUUAUCUUGGGCAUUAGACUCUACACCACAAGAAAGAGAAAAGGGUAAAACCGUCGAAGUUGGUAGAGCUUUCUUCGAAACCGAACAAAGAAGAUACACAAUCCUUGACGCACCAGGACACAAAGGUUACGUACCAUCAAUGAUUUCAGGUGCUGCACAAGCAGAUGUUGCAGUUUUGGUUAUUUCUGCUAGAAAGGGUGAAUUUGAAACUGGUUUCGAAAAGGGUGGUCAAACUAGAGAACACGUCGUUCUUGCAAAGACCGCAGGUGUUCAAAAAAUGAUCGUCGUCGUUAACAAGAUGGAUGAACCAACUGUACAAUGGGACAAAUCAAGAUUUGAUGAAAUUGUCACAAAAUUGAACCCAUUCUUAAAGGGUUCUGGAUUUAACCUCAAAACUGAUGUCACUUACAUUCCAGUUUCUGCAUACUCUGGUGAUAACAUUAAAGAGCCAGUUUCCAAAUCUAAGGUUGACUGGGUUGAAGGUCCAGCUUUAAUUCCAUUCUUAGAUUCAAUGCCAUUGGUUGAUAGAAAUUUCAGCGCACCAUUAAUGAUGCCAAUCUCCGAAAAGUACAAGGAUAUGGGUACAAUGGUCGUUGGUAAGAUUGAAUCUGGUACCCUUAAGGUUAAUGACAAGUUAACAUUAAUGCCAAAUAGAGAUCAAGUUGAAGUUAUGUCAAUUGAAAAUGAAGUUGACGAACCAGUUCCAAUAGCUUUAUGUGGUGAUAACGUUAGACUGAAGCUGAGAGGUGUCGAUGAUGAAAACGUUCAAGUUGGUUUCGUCUUAACUGAUCCUAAAAAACCAGUUAAAACAGUUAGACAAUUUGAAGCUCAAUUAGCUAUUUUAGAUCACAAGAACAUUAUUUGCGCUGGUUAUGGUGCAAUGAUGCACUGUCACACACUCGCAGAGGAAGUAAACCUUGCAGCAUUAUUACACUAUUAUGAUAAGAAGACAGGUAGAAAAUCAAAGAAAGCACCACAAUUCGCUAAGAAGGGUCAGAAGAUCGUUGCAUUAUUAGAAUCUACAGGUCCAGUUUGUGUUGAGAGAUUCAAUGAUUACCCACAAUUAGGUAGAUUCACAUUAAGAGAUGAGGGUAAAACAGUUGCCAUUGGUAAAAUAACAAAACUUAUUGAGAAGACUGAAACUGGUGAAUUGGCGGAUGUCUCAACUGGUGUUCAAGAUAUGGCAAUUAACAAGUAAGCUGAUUUUUUGAAUUUAUAGUUUUCGUUUUCUUUUUUUCAUAUACACAACAUUUCUC